AAAAUAGUAUACAGAAUGGAGAGGGACGAUGGCUCUUCAGCCAUCAGUAAUCAAUCUACCGAUAUUAAAGCUCAAGAAGCAAUGGAACGAUUAGAUGUACUGGUAUGUGGACAGUGUCAUUCUGUUUUUCAUUUUAUCGAAAAGUUUCAAGAACAUCGCACAAAAGAAGGAUUCUGCUCCAAAACGUCACAUAUUUGUGACACCAACGAUUACAGACAAAAUGCACAAGUAUGUCCAUUUCUAUUAUGGAAGAAUACACAAGUCCAAGACAGUUCAGACAAGGAGGCAUCUGACGAUUGGACAUUGCACCAGAAAUGGUGUAAAAUGGAUACAAAAGAGAAAGAACCUUGGAUCGUAGCAGGUAAAACUGCACAAACCUUUACAAAAAUCAGUAACGCAAAGAUGCAGGAUACUGUGAUGCAAUCAAAUAUCAAUGUCGAAAGUGCCAAUCCGAUAACAGUUCCUACAGUUGUCAAAAAUAAACAACGGGAAGAAACAGGCAAAGCUAAAAAGGAUUCUGCGAAAUUACUGGAAACAAAAACACAGAAAAAUGAAUUUAUGGAAAUUGUAGUAGACAAACAAGAAAAAACAUCGAUCAAACCCAAAAUCAAGACUGACAAAGCAACUACCGCAGAAAAUGCAAAUCUAAGUGACAAAGAAUAUAUUGUCGAUAAAGUAUUAGCCACACGUUUUAAUACUAAAAAGCAAUGCAUGGAAUACUUAAUCCAAUGGAAAAGCUAUCCACAUGAAAAGGCUUCAUGCGAAUCUGCAAAGGCUGUAGCAAUAAAAAACAGUUUAUUCGACGAAUUUGAGCGGAGUCACGCCAAGCAAACGAAAUCUAAAGAAGCGCAACAGAAAGCUAAGACAAAAGUCGUCGCACGUGCAAGUUUGCCGUUGCAAAAAUCAGUGACAAAAACUGAAUGUUAUAUAGAUGAUUUCAGUCAGCCUGGACCAAGUACUGCGGCUCAAGCAAGACGCGUGAUGCGGUCUAGUAAAUUAAAAGCGAUGGAUCAACUCAAGCAAUUGUAUGGCUCAAUAAAAAAGAAAAAGAUUGAACUGUUGAGUAAAGAGACGAUCGAUGAUUCGGAGAGUGAUUCAGAAAAAGAAGGAAGCAGUGUCGCAAAGGAAACGACAAAUGACACAGGUAGUGAUGAAGAAUGGAUUGGGGAAUCUGAAGACCAAAGACUAUUGGGCCAUAGCAACGUGAUUCAACAUGCAUUCAAUCGCGCUAAUACACAGUCGUGUAAAUCCAACAAAACCUCAAUUUCAUGCACUGAUCUGGAAACGUCAUUAGAAUUGCAAUCUGCAGAUGAAGAAAAAUCUAGCCAACCACCUGCUUUAGUGGCUGACGCCGACGAGCUUGUUACAGUCGAUUCCAAACAAAUGCCGUAUUUGGCUUCUGGUCUCGACUUUAUGUCUCAAAAAGAAAGUAUCAUCGAAUUGAAUUCGUCCUCCAUUGGGAAAGUAUCUGUUAAAGGAUCUUCAACAAUGCAAGGUGUUGUAAUGAUCCAAAGUCGAAAUAAUACAAACGUAUUCACCUACAAAUACGAAAAGUGUAGUAAAAUGUUUGAUGAGCAGAUUUCCUCCGCACAAGCUUUGAAACGAUCUAAUAGUGAGGUACAUUCUGAUGAUAAACGCUACAAAUGCGAAACAUGUGAUAAAACGUUCCAGUACAAAUCGAAAUUAAAUCGUCAUUUGUUAAUUCAUACAGGUGAAAAACCUUAUAAAUGCGAAGUUUGUGAAAAAGGAUUUACUCACCCAUCGAAUCUAAGCAGACACAUUUGGACAAAUUUGCAUUUCAAUUGUGAAGUUUGUAACAAUGGAUUUGAUAAUGAACAGGAUAAAUUUAAUCAUUUAGAAACGAUGCAUUCUGACAUGAAUGAAAGAUCGUAUAAAUGUGACACAUGUGCAGCUACAUUUAAACGUAAAAAUUACCUUAAACAGCAUACAGAAAUACAUACAGGCGAGAAACCACAUGUUUGCGAGGAGAUACAACUGAACGCUAUCAGUCACAGGAUUACCGACGUAUAA